CGGCGGGGCCGGAGGGGGGCGGCCGCCUGCCCGCGGCCCGCCUCCGGCCCCGGCCCCUUCAGACGCCGCGCCGCUGCCGCCGAGGCCCGGUCGCCAUGAGCGGGGCGCGGGGCGCGCUGGGCCUGUCGCUGCGGGCGGCGCGGCCGGGCUGGCUGUGGGGGGCGGCGGCGCUGCUGGCCCUGGGCGCCGUGCUCGGGGCCUGGCGGUGGGUCGGCGGGCGAAGGCGGGCCGCGGGCCGCCGCCGCCGCUUGCAGCGGGUGGGGACGGUGUUGAGCCUCUUCGUGUACCCGGUGAAGUCGUGCCGGGGGAUGGCGGUGCGGCGGGCGCAGGUGACGCCGAUGGGGCUGCGGAGCGGGGAGAUGCGGGACAGGUUUUGGCUUGUGACCAAAGAAGAUGGGCACAUGAUUACAGCUCGCCAGGAGCCGCGGCUGGUCCUCGUUUCUGUCAGCUGUGAAAAUGGGCACUUGAUCUUGGAUGCCCCAGAAAUGAAGCAGCUGUGCUUGCCUGUAAAGCUCCCCAAGAAGAAUCCUGUGCGGAACUGCAGGGUGUUUGGACUGGACAUCCAAGGCAGGGACUGUGGAGAUGAAGUGGCUCAGUGGAUCACCACUUUCCUGAAUUCAGAGCCAUAUCGACUGGUGCACUUUGAGCCCUCCAUGGUGCCAAGAAAGUCAAAGGACAUAAUAAACCUUUUCCGAACCACAGACGAGGUUGCCUAUCCUGACUGUAGCCCAGUCUUGAUCCUCUCAGAAGCUUCACUGGAUGAUCUAAAUACCAGGCUGGAGAAGAAAGUUAAGAUACAGAACUUCAGGCCAAAUAUUCUUGUGACAGAUUGCAGUGCUUUUGAGGAGGACACCUGGGAGGAGAUUCUUAUUGGCGAUGUGGAGAUGAAAGGGACAGUGUGUUGUGCCAGGUGUAUUUUAACAACUGUUAACCCAGACACUGGGGUCCUGGACAGGAAGGAGCCACUGGAAACAUUGAAAAGUUACCGCUUAUGUGAUCCGUCUGAGCGACACAUAUACAAAUCGAGCCCUCUCUUUGGAAGAUACUUUGCUGUUGACAAAACUGGAACAAUUCAAGUUGGAGACCCUGUGUACAAGAUGGUCCAGUAAUGAGAGAGACUUUGAUCAGAAGAUGCCUUUUCACUUUGAUAUGCAAAUUGUUUUCCCAUGAACACAGUCACCAGCAUAAUUUUGUCUUAUUCUUUGCAAUAUUUUUUUGUGCUAUGUUCCUUCGUAAGGUGCAGGGGGGUCUUUGAGGCUAUGAAGUGCCAAUCAUUUCAGAUCAUGUCAUCUACUAGCAUGCCUGUAGCAACCGUGUCUUUAGUUUUUCUGGAGGCUAUGAUAGAAGAAACUCUAAUCCAAGGUAGACUUCACAGCACUACUGUGAGUAUCACACCUCCUAAAAUUUUAUGUCGAGCUUGAUAUCAGAAUCCAAAAUUAUGUACAAGGGCUUUGCAUCUUGUGUUAGAUACAUUCGGUGCCUAUAAAGAACCACAAAAAGAGUCAUGCCAAGCAUAAAGUAUGUUGGUUGUGGGGCUGCCUCUACAGGUGAACGGGGAGUGCAGAUGGCAAGGCUCUGUCUUAGAUUCCACCCUUCUUUGGUCCUAAGCAUCUUACCCUAUCUAUGUCUGGAGGUACUUCCUUGCAGUGUUUCUUAUCCUGCAGUCAUUUCCUGAAGAUUGCUACUGUCUUUUGAGAUUCGAGCUAUAUCAGAAGUGAAAGGGUUGUGACCUGACUAAAUGCUACUCUAAUCUAGAGGUGGGAACACUGGCUAAUGAUGUGUGAGACUGGGGGGUUCCUUUAGUUUAUGACCUCUGCUUGAUAGAGUUUGAACCAUCAUUUUUUUCUCCUGUGAAGCAUACCAUAACAGCUAGGCUGUAAAGUAGUGAUGCAUUUGCUAACGUAUCAGUAGAACUUCCAGUUUGACUAAAAGAAUUAGGUGUUCACUGGAUUAGAGACUUUACACGCAUUGGAGGGGAAGAAAAGCUGUUGGGAGUCAUCUGAUUCUGAGCCUGCCCCGUUCAAGCUGAUGUCCAGGCUCUGUGUUCAUGCAUAGUUCUUCUCUGGCUCAGUGAACUUCUUACUGUAGAAAGUUAGGCUGCUAAGCAGAUGUUUGGGAAGCUGCGGUUUCAUACUUAGAGGUUAUGCAUUUAGAUCUCUGGUUGCCCCCCUCCCCUGCCUCUGCUCCUAUUCUAAUCAAAAUGUCAGCCAUUUGUAUGAGGCUGAUAAUUAUAUUUUCUGCUAUAUUUUAUACUGCAUAAAACAGUUAGAGGAGGAAACUAGUUGGAUGAUGGCAGUAGUAUCUUUUCUUUAAAUAUUAUAUCAUUAAAAAAAAAGUGGACUCCAAGACAAAAGCUAGCCAUCUUUCAAACGUUUGGCUCCCUGUUGCUCUGUUAAGGAUUACUAGAUCUAGAAUGAGUGUUGAAACAAAAAGAGGAAUCUAAGUAAGUGUGAAGAAGGACAAAUCAUGACCCAAUUUUGUGUUAGAUUCUUUGUUUUCUGUUGUGAAUAUGAAACUCAAAUUUUGCUGCAUGUUCGCAACUCAGACCUGUAAAAUGAAGAGCCAUUGUGCCUUUGAGCAAAUUCAGACGUAUGUACCUGGCAAGCCUGAAGCAAGCACAACGGGAAGGUAGUUUUCUAUUAUUUGUGAACUCAGUGUUGCUCUGAAUAUCCUUUCAUUAGCAGAAUGCUCUGUUAGUAUUAAGUUUUCCUGUGAUGGACAAGUGCCCAGUUUGGACUGCACAUUGCAUAUUUGUGCAUUGUUAUGCCUGAUGAAGCAGCUAGCGGGAGGAAGUGAGAGAAAAAGCAUCUUUUAAAAAGGAAAAUAAUCCUGAGUUUCACUUUUAGAAAGCAUAUGUUGAAGAUCCUUAAUAUUAGAAGCUGAAACCUUGUGGAAUUCCUAAUGGUAUAAUUUAGCAAAGACAGCCUGCUGGUCUGCCAAAACAAUUAGUUAAGUGUGUGUCUCUUCAUUAAGUCAAAGAAGCGGAAGGAAAGCGAGCUGAAUUUUUGCCUCUAGCCAAACAUAUUUUUCCACUGUUGUUUUAGCACCACAUUUGGAUUUACGUAACAAAUUGUGUGGUAUGGAUAUGCUGCUUCUCAUUAGGCUAUCAUCGAUUGGGCUAAUUUGAAAAUGGGGCUGUCUUUCCAAUGAGAAACUGCACCUGCCUGCCUGUUAAGAAAAUGCCAUAGGUCUAAACCCCUGAUUUAUCGCUGUAAAAGCCCCCUAGAAGAAUUUGGCUAGAAUCCUAAAACAGGUAUGCGUCUGAGUACAACACGUUUCACAAAUGACACUUAAAUCAGUUAUGUGAUGAAAGAGGGCCAUUCCAGGAAGUGGAGAGCAUAACUUACGAACAGUACAAUAUCAGUAUCUUCAUGUAAACGUUGAACUGCUGUAAGUGUAGGAAUUGUGUUUGAUUUUGCUAAAGCCAUUUAGGAAACUGACUGAAAAGAUGUCAAUCAUAAAACACUGGUUUUUAAAUUGUGUACUUAAAAAUGUUAAUUGUUUUUUUUUUAACUCUAGAGGAAGAAAACAAAAGUAUAAACUUCUAUUGAAUCAAAA